CGACUUGGAGCCACAGUUUUUAAAUGCAGGUCAAUUGUAGACUGCCGCAUUGAAUCGAAUCGAAUCUUAUCUUCAUUCAUGGCUGGAGCCGCGAAGAGGUAUGCAGUUGUCACCGGCGCGAACAAGGGGAUCGGUUUGGAGAUAUGUCGGCAGCUGGCGUCUCAGGGCAUCACGGUGGUGCUGACAUCUCGGGACGAAGACAGAGGCCUUCAAGCUGUCGAGAAGCUCACCGCGUCUGGCCUUUCUGAUCAUGUCAUCUUUCAUCGACUAGAUGUGACCGAGAAUGAUUCAGUAACUGCCCUGUCUGAAUUCAUCGAGUCCCAAUUCGGAAAGCUUGAUAUCUUGGUUAACAAUGCAGCGGUCCUCGGGUCCGACGUCAAGUGGGAGGUUCUAGACCCCGUCGGGGCUACGACUAUGGCUGCUAAUAUUGCUACAGGCAAAAUUCAUAUAGAUUGGAGUAGCAUUGCAAAUGAUACCUACGAAUUAGCGGCGCAAGCGAUUCAAACAAACUACUAUGGCUACAAAAGGACAACAAAAGCUCUUCUUCCACUUCUCCGCCUCUCAAACUCGCCAAGAAUCGUAAACGUAUCAUCUUCAGCGGGGAGUCUUGAGUACAUAGGGAGCGAAUGGGCAAAAGGGAUCUUGAGCGACGACGAAAACUUGACGGAAGAGAGAAUCGACAAAGUUGUGAGUGAGUUCCUUGAAGAUUUCAAAGAAGGGAGAGUUGAAGCCAAAGGUUGGCCUAAUUAUAUUGGUGCAUACGUAGUCUCUAAAGCGGCCAUAAAUGCCUACACAAAGCUUCUUGCUAAGCAAUACCCGACCUUGCGGGUAAACUCCGUGUGCCCGGGUUAUGUGAAAACUGAUAUUAACAAAAACACGGGGACAAUGUCGCUUGAAGAAGGCGCCGCCGGCCCUGUGAAGCUCGCAUUGCUGCCGGAUGAUGGCCCUUCCGGCUGCUUCUUUGUCCAAAAGGAUCUCGCCGAGCUCUAAGGCCAUAUAUACUACGUUGGACUAUGUCAGAAAUCAUUUAUGUGUAUAGAUUCAAAACGGUUUGUUGUAUUAUCAAAACCGUUUUCACGAAUCCUAUAAGAGUUAUCGAAUUAGCAUGGAUGAAGUUGUACUCGCAAGGGUAUAGAUUCAAUUGGCUUUCUUGGUCUUCCCAAAACUAA